AUGGAAUGUACGUGGCCCCCAAGAGCUCUCUUUGUAUGUCAAGGUUCUCAACUGUGUUACGAUGAUGGAUCGAUGCCUAAUGUACCCCGCGCUGGUGACAGAGUAGUUGGGAGCAAAGACCAUGGAGAGCUGCACCAAAAGACUUCAUCUGAUUUUGACCGCGAGACCGUCCAGUGUGUAUGGAGUCUUGAGUUGUGGACCUCAAUAUGUUCUCGUAAAGUUCAAUCGAACAUAAACUUAUCUAUCCGCUGCCAACAUUCAGCCUUAUGCUGCUCUAAUCACAAGGAAGAAGUAAGUAAAUGCGCAGAAAAUGUUAGGAAUAAUGCCAUGACGAUAGACGAUGCCACGAGAGAAUCCUUAUCCCAGGAUAUCUUGCAGUCGCGGUCCUUGGCUAUUCCCCGACGAGAUGAAAUCUAG